AACAAAAUUUUGUAUUCGUUGGUGUGACGGAUUCUGCCGAAGUAGUGCUAAAAUUAAACGAACUCCCGAAUGUAUCUUCGCUUCACUUACAGGUAUAGAUAGUGUUGCCCUUGUUCUGCCGCAGCUUAUACAUAGUUAUCAAACGAAACUUUACUACGAGUUCAGUAUUUUACAGAUGUGCUUUCCACAUUAAAUCGGGUCAUUAUGUGUGUAUGGUAAGUCGGAGUGUCCCCUUACUAACUGCAAGAUGUUGCAUUCCUAUUUACCAAAUUUUAAUAACAGAACCACAACCGAUAUCUAAAAAUAUUUAGUAGCAAAAGGUGGUUACUAAUACCGUUAAUGGUGAUAAAAGUUCUAAUCGACGCCUGUAUUAGUAAGAAGGAAAUCCCCAAGUACCCAAAAGACAUGGUCAUUGUAAUAAUAUGAACUUUAAUCAUUCACAAGAUAUCCCCACGACUGUCGGACAAAGUCCUGGCUAUGAUCCAAAAACAUCCAAGAGAAGUAGCGGUUUGUUUUCAUUCUUCAAAUGGUUUAAAUCUUCACCUUCCCGCGAGUCUAGCGUUCCAGACCUGCUUAGCUCGUCAUCGAGUAGUUGUGACAGCAUCAAUUCCAGAAUAAGUACUGGAACGGCAGCCUCCUUUUCGUUCGUCCCUCCCAAAUCAUAUCAAUCAAAUAUAUUGGAAAAGAAGUCUAUCGCUCUUGGUCCCGAAACGGACACAUACAAAGCUAGGCUCAAGGAGAGAGAUAAGAGACGGGAACGCGAUAAAAAUUUAACAUUGCGAAAAAAGUAUAAUUUGUUCUUUAAUCGAGAAACAUUGUUAAAGCCGAAAGUCGAAGAGGAAGAAGAUAGCAGCAGAAGCUUGCCUCUGAUGACUCGAAAAAAGAUGUUGGAAAAUAGUGAUGACGAAACGUCACGCUUACAUCGCAGAACAAACAGUGAAUCUUCGAAAUUAAAAAAAGCUGGAGCUUAUUGCCAUGUGAAAGGUAAAAGAAAAGCACCGCAACCACCGACCAACAAUAAAACACGAGAUUCUACACUGAGUCUCAGACGGAAAAAGAAAUUAGCUCCGCAGCCUCCAACAGUGUCUUCUGGAAAAAUAAUAAGUGCCUUAGAACGACUUGAUACAAUAGAAUAUGCUGAUGCAAAUGUUAUUUCUAAUGAUUCUCUUAAACUAGAUCAUGGUGUUUUGAAACCAGUGACGGAGCAUACAAGUGCAGCAUCAAUUUAUUCUACUGAUAGCGCCUCUUCUGUGAAGUCAGAAAAACCCAUGGAAAUAUCACCAGUUUCACCUCGUCCAUGGUAUAAAAGAAACGUUAACAGAGAAAGUACAUUCGUACCCAAGAAAGAACCGUUCAAAAUUGAUAACAAAUACGAACCAAUUCAACGGGUACCAGAAUCUGUCAACGUUUCAAAUAAUAUUGAAGAAAAUAAAUCACUAAAAAAUGAUGAGAUCACAAGAUCGAUAAAAAUAUUCGGUACUAAUCAAAGCAGUAAAGACGACUUUAAAAGAAAGUCUGGAAUGACGUUUCUCACGAACAUUAGUGAAUUAGAUCGUGAAGCGACCGAAAUGAUAAAAAAAGAACAAUGUCAGUCAGGCGAACUGGACCCUCCACCGUUUAUGAGGCCCAAACAGGAAGAAGCAAAGAAUACCGACAGCUGGGUGUCGCCGAAAAGAAAAUCCGCCAAAGAUCUGAUAGCCAAAUUCAAUGCUAUUACAAAUGUCACUAAAGUGACUGUGAAUAGUACGUUCUUUGGAUCCAAAGAACCUGGAGGAGCUCAAAAAGAUAAUUUCAAACGCGAUUACUUCGGACGGCAGCUUAGCGUGAAAGACGAACUUUUACACCAAAAUAAAAACAAUAAAAAAUUAAGUGAUAAGUAUUUUGGAAAAAUCGACCAAGAUGAAAAGAAAUUAAUUGAAAAUAACAAGACAGGCAUUCCUCUAAUGAAAUCAGAAAGUGCAGUUAUAAUCACAACUAACAAAUCAGAUAAGAAAGAAACGCCGAAAACUGAACACAAAAGUUGGAAUUGUCCGAAAUGUUCGAUUGAAAACGAUUACUGGAGAAUAAUAUGUCACGUGUGUUCUACUAUAAAACCAUACUUUGAUGAUCUGAGUAUACCUUCGCCUAAAAAUAACUCACUCGAAAAGAAUAAAAUAGAAAAUUUAGAAGUGAGGCAUUUUCCGGCCAGCGGCAGUACAUAUAAUUCUAAAUAUACGCCAUUUAAAUCCGGUAACGACACUCCACACUUCGAGCGGUCGAAAACACAAAUAGGGUUUUCAGCCUUGAGUAAAAUAAAUCAUAAUAAAAAUAAAGAGAAUAAAUUUUCUAAGUCUGUAUCUGUCGACGAACAGGGCGCAGCGAACACUGCGGAGGACAACAAGAGAGAAGAGCGAGAGAGACUGAAAAAGGUACUUAUAGAAAUGAAGAAUUCGUUACCUAAGAAAAAGAAUAAUGUCGGAAAACAGAAUUUUCGCUCGAGCAUUAUUCAGGAAAAGGCAGAAAAUUUAUACGAAGAUCCCAAAAAGACAGACAAUAAAGAAUUAAAUUUACAGCCUCACGAAAAUAGUUCAAUUUCUACGAAACUACCAGUUAAAGUUGAAGACAAAAAAGUUACCUCAACACCAUCCGCUGCAGAGGCAAAAAUAUUAAAAAACGAUUUAGCACUUAGCGCGAAUUCAAAUUCAAAUAUUAUCGCAAAAGUAACGGAAGAUAAUUAUGCUAAAUUUAGGAUUCACAUGUACGUGGAGGACAAAAUUUCGCACAGAGGACCUUUCCCCAUUAAAGUGAAGGGAAGUACAAAAGUAAGUCAACUAAAAUUGCGAGUGGAACGCGAUUUUGAAAUACCAAUCAAUGUGCAAAAAUGGAUAAUUGGAAAACAAUUGGCCUCCGACGAUAAUGCUACAAUGAAUGAACUAAAUAUUUAUGACGAAGGUUCUCCACUGUUUCUCUAUUUGGUUGCGCCCCAAAAAAAUGAAGCAAAAAUUGAACCAACGACAAGUACCGUUGUAAAGCAAACUGAUGAAGACAAGGAAAAAAAUAAAUUAGAGAAAAAACUCCAUCUCCUUCAUACUUCUAAACAAUCUGAAGAGAACAAAAUAGAACAUAAACCUCAAGAAAAUAAACAACCUCCUGAUAUUAAAGGAAACAACAAGCCCAAAGAAUCUGUUGCAUUACCAUCAUGUUCUAACAUUCCUCUUCCAAAAACUAAGCCGGAUGUGCUAGACAACAAGACCGCGAUUAUGGUAUCAAAAGAUGUCAAAAAUAUACCAAGGAAAAAUAAUACAGAUGAAAAAAACGCAAUAGCUACAGAAUCUGAACAAGUUGAACGUUCGAGGGAAAAUAUUGAUGAUUACGACACAAAAACACUUAAACCACACAAUGACGAAUUUUGGGAAUGCAUAAUGUGCACUCUUCUAAAUUCAAAAGAUAGCAAUAUUUGUGCGGUUUGUGCUACUAUCCGAAGAAUGACACCCUCUCCCACGGCGGCGUUAAGUCAACCUCAAAAAGUAGCAAGGAAUCGCAGUAAAUAUAAGGCUCCCCAACCACAAGCUAAUACUAAGGCAAAAGAACAUUACAUGCAAUUGGUUAAUUUAGAUAAUGCGGAUUUGGUGGAAAAUGUGAAACCUUUCGAGUGUUUGAUUUGUUUUUUAGAAAUUGGACCGGGUCAGGGUGUGACUUUACGAGAGUGUUUACAUCAGUUUUGUAAGCCUUGUUUAGCACACACGAUACAGUUCAGUGAGGAAGCACAAGUAAAGUGUCCUUAUAGGGAUGAACAGUAUUCCUGUGAAAUUGCUUUGCAGGAUCGAGAAAUUAAAGCUUUGGUAUCGAAAGAGAUUUAUGACCAAUAUCUCGGAAAAUCCGUCGCGCAAGCAGAAAAUAAAAUAGAUAAAUCUUUCCAUUGUAAAACCCCCGACUGUAGAGGCUGGUGCAUUUACGAAGACAAUGUGAAUGAAUUUAAAUGCCCAGUAUGUAGAAGAGUGAACUGCUUGACAUGUCAGGCUAUCCACACAGGUUUAAAUUGCAAACAAUAUCAAGAGCGAAUGGAACAAGAAUCAAGUACUGACGAAAACGCGAAACGUACAAGACAAAUGCUGGAUGAAAUGGUAAAUAAAGGAGAAGCAUUAACUUGUCCAACUUGUCAAGUUAUAUUAAUGAAAAAAUGGGGCUGUGAUUGGUUGCGAUGUUCCAUGUGCAAAACUGAAAUAUGCUGGGUGACCAGGGGCCCUCGAUGGGGCCCAAAUGGGAAAGGGGACACUUCAGGGGGUUGUCAGUGUGGAGUAAAUGGAAUUAAGUGCCAUCCUCAAUGUAAUUACUGCCAUUAGUGAGAUAACAGACUGAUGUUAGUGAGAAAACAGUAGCUUUAGAUAUUUUUAAUUUCACCUUUUUUCAUUAGUCAAAAUUUUUGUCUUAUUCACCUAGUUUUAGAAAUUUAAUGCAUUCAAAUUAUUAUUUAAAGGAUGAAAAAUACGUGUAAAAAGUUACUUAAUUUAAAAAUUUGAAGCUACUGUUAUAUUUCUUAAUUGUAUAAUAGAGAAAGUUUCAUUUAGUUAUCGUCUUUCACCAUAUUUGCGUUGCUUUUCUCCAAUAUUAAAUUAAUAAUCUUUCAGUGAUAAGUAUAAAAUGUGUUCCAAUUGGGAGUUUAUAGACAAAUUUUAAUGAUAAUUGAAGUACUCAGCGUUUUGUUUAAAUAUUUGUAAUAAUAAUAAUCUAUUUUAUCGUACAUAUAGUUAGUUACCUCUUACAUUGUAAUAAGUUUCUAACCCCCUUAGAAAGCAUUUGUAUGUGAUGAAAAAUAAAAAAUUAUGGCAUAUUA